CUUACAUGUACGUGACUUGCACAUGUGUACGGUAUUCCCUCCCUCAUGCUGCUUGCUACUGGCGUCUCUGAUCUGGCGUCACUGAUCCAAUCCGAUCUGGCUUCCCUUAAUGUCAAUUGAUGCCAAUAUAAGUAUGGCGAAUUUCAGCGAUACGAACUCGCACGAAAUGACAGAGAAUCAUGUUAGUAAGCGGUGCAAUAAUCAGUGGGUGCGACUGAAUGUUGGUGGAACGUAUUUUUUAACAGCGAAGACUACUCUGGCGAGAGAUCCCAACUCGUUUCUCUAUCGGCUAUGUCAGGAAGACUCGGACCUUAUUUCGGACAGGGACGAAACGGGAGCAUACCUGAUUGACCGCGACCCCACAUACUUCAGUCCAGUUUUAAAUUACCUACGCCACGGAAAACUGGUGAUCAACAAGGAUCUAACGGAGGAGGGUGUACUAGAGGAGGCGGAAUUUUAUAACAUCACAGAACUCAUUCGGCUAGUCAAAGAAAGAAUCAUAUUGAGGGACACUCGGCCGCAGAGGGAUUCGAAGAAACAUGUCUAUAGAGUUAUCCAGUGUCACGAGGAUGAGUUGACACAAAUGGUGUCCACAAUGUCGGACGGAUGGAGAUUUGAACAGCUAAUCAACAUAGGUUCUCAAUACAACUACGGUAAUGACGAUCAUGCUGAAUUUCUAUGUGUUGUAAGCCGAGAAACAUAUACACAAUAUGGAGCUAGUCAGCUCAAUAGUAAAGAAGAGGAGUCCACAGAUCGUGUCAAGGUUUUGCAGCAGAAGGGUUCACGCAUGUAAUGUCUAGAUCCGUCCUUGUUUUCCCUUGCCUCCUUUAGUUUGAUCAACUACGCUGCAACAAGAUGAGAAGACUGCUUUCGUUUUUACAUUUAAAAUGUUAAAUUGUAAGACCCAGACUUUUUCCAUUAUAUUCUCUCUAUUCCUAUAGAUAAUAUUAAUCUACAGGGACAUUACUGUGCAAAGAGAGAGAGAGAGAGAGAGAGAGAGUGAGAGUGAGAGAGUGAGAGGAUAAAGAAGUUUUAUAGAUAUGUAUUUAUUGCAUAGCAAGAUUGUACAUGAAGCUUUAAAAACCGAAAGUAUCACGUUAUUAUUAAUUUAUUCCUCUUCAGUAACAGAGUGUCCAGAAGACAAAAAAUGUCGAUCUCACGAAAGGGAUAGUUUAAUAAUUUCGUACAGUUUAUACACGUAUAAUCGCUAUACAACAGACAUGAAGCAAAACCUUCCUUUUUCUAUAAGCGCACCUAUCUGCUUUAAAAGCAGGUAUGCUAUAUAGUCAAAGAACAUAGUUAUAUUAUUAAUAAACAUUGUUCCAUAAUGGCUGCAGUUGUGUUUUAGCUUUAUCAAAUACUUUUAAUCGACUAUGGUAUUUGUGGAUGAGAAGAGGGGGGGGGGAGGCAAUCGGUUUUACACAAAUUUCUACAACGGCGGUAGUAUUUGUCUUCGGUAGAUGAUACAUAGUAGAGAUUGUCAUUUUUGUACUAAAUUGUACAAAAAGAAAAAAAAAUUCUGUUCCCCACAUCCGUGUCCUUAUCAUAACAUAAAAUGUCUAAAUUACUUACCUUCGCACUGCCGCUAAAAAUAAUAUUUGUAUACCUAACGUGAUAAUUUUCAAAACCCAAAAUGCAUACUGAUAACUAAUGAAUAUGUAAAGCUGACUUUAUACAUGUAUUGUUAAUAUGAAAAGGAAUUUUUUCUAAACAAAGCAAUUUUAUUACACUACUUAUUAAGGAUACAAGUUUGAGAUAUAUGUGGAAAAAAAAGUAGAGGCUUAAUCUUCGAAAAAAACAAUCGUGACAGAAAUUUUAGGAAGCAAGAUAAGCAUAACAUGAUGUAAAAAAUUUCGAGUAACAUCCAUCACACAUAUACACAUAUAUAUAUAUAUAUAUUUCACAUAAGAUACGAAAGCUUAAAAAAGACAGAAUGCGAUUUCGUUGCCACGCACCGAUGAAACAUAAUAUAAUCAGAAAAAAAUUCAAUUAUUUUCCUUCACAAAUAUCCGCGGUUGCAAUAUGAUCUCCUACAUCCGUAAUAAUGAGAUCAUUUACAACAGAUGUAGGUUGUCGAUUGCCGAGGGCCUAUUAAGAAAGUGUCCUAGACAAUAUAUUCAUAUUUAAAGAUGUUAAAUGGAAGGACGUAUGUAAUAUUGGCUUGUUAUAGAUAUGUCAUCAGUAUUGUACACGUGCGAAAUUAUUAUGCCACGUAUACACGAUAUUUUUCUUUGUGUACAAAACUACCAAAAAAAAAAAAA